AUGUCGCCUACCGACUACCCGCCGGAGCUAUCGAAACAGGAGGAGGAGUAUCUACUGUCCAAUCUCAAGGAUUGGUCGAUAGCGCAUGGUUUGGCGGUUCGCCCAGCUCCGUCAUUCGUCCAGCCAUCACAGGAUCCAUCUGGGGUUCUCGCAAGCACAGCACCAGUCACUCUGUUUCCAAGCUUGUUCCCUCGCUCCUGUUUUGACGAAGGACUCUCCAUACAAAACGCUUACAACGAGUUGUACUCAGCUAUUGCUAGAGAUGAGUCGUGGCUAAAGAGCAUCGUAGAGGAGCUUGUACGUGUUGACGACUUCGUUGCAAAGCUAUGGCAGACCCAUCUUGAAGUCAAGAAGGAAGGCUAUGUGCAAGACCUCUCGUUGGGUCUUUUUCGCUCAGACUACAUGGUGCAUCAAGACCCUUCGCAGUCCAGUUCAUCCCCUGGCUUGAAACAGGUCGAGUUCAAUACUAUUGCAUCCUCAUUUGGUGGACUAUCCUCCCAAGUUUCCGCAUUACACAAAUAUCUUCUUACCAUCGACGCUUAUCCUAAUUCAACGUCAUCCAUUAUCAAGCACGAUGCUUUGCGACAGAGCCAAUCUGCUUCUUCCUUGGCACAGGGUCUCGCUGCAGCACACAAGGCGUACGGAGCUUCGCACACCAAACGUCCAUUAUGUGUCCUGUUCGUUGUACAGGACCCGGAGAGAAACGUGUUCGAUCAGAGACAUCUCGAAUACGCCUUACUUGAAGAAAAUGGCGUCCGCGCCUUCCGAUUACCUUUCGGCGAGACGCUGUCUCACACACAACUCGACACAGACCGUACCUUGGUCUACACGCCACCAAAUUCGCCAUCAAAAUCAUAUGAAGUUACGACAAUCUACUUCCGAGCGGGGUAUUCACCGGACGAUUACUCAAAAGACGAAGAUUGGCAUGCCCGUGUUCAGCUUGAAAAAAGCCGUGCCAUCAAGUGUCCGAGCGUAUUGACUCAGCUUGCUGGCUGCAAAAAAGUCCAGCAGGUGCUUGCUACGCCACAUUCUCCGCAUCUUAAGCGAUUCCUCCCUGAUGAGAAGGUCGCUUCGCGUGUGCUGAAAACCUUCGCCCCCAUCUAUCCCCUAGAUAACAGCGAGGCUGGCGAGGAAGCGAAGAAACUUGCGACAGACGCUUCGUCGGCUACCAAGUAUGUGCUGAAACCUCAGCGAGAGGGAGGCGGAAAUAACAUCUACCGGAAAGCCAUUCCACCAUUCUUGCAGAAGUUGCCCGAGACUCAUUGGCCGGCGUACAUCCUUAUGGAGAUGAUCGAGCCGCCUCCACUCACAAACGCCAUUCUUCGGAACGGUGAAUUACAGAGAGGUGGCGUCAUUUGCGAGCUUGGCGUAUACGGUGUGUGUCUCUGGAGAAAUGGAAAUGGGGACGAUCAAAAGGGCGAGAUCCUGGAGAACUGGGAAGCCGGAUAUCUUCUCCGCACCAAGGGCGACCAAAGCGAGGAGGGUGGUGUGGCCGCGGGGUUCGGAGCGGUGGACAGCUUAUGUCUGGUGGACGAAUGA